AUGACGGAUUUGGCGGUGAUGCAGCACACCAGAUGCUGGCGACAAGGGGAGAGGCAAAGCGGCAAGCCUCGAGGGAUGCUAUCUGCGCACAGCGAUCGACCGACCCCUUAAUUUCGCGCUUUAGCCGCAUCUUUUGGGCGCUCAAUGGCUGCGCGACGACGCCCUGCCCAACUCGCUCAGUUGCCGAAAAAGGUACAAAUGGAUCAGCACGGCGAGGCGAGCGCAAAGGAGGUCAGGAACAAAUGGGGGCUCAGACAGCAAGGCAACCGAAUCGAGUCGAGUGCACAUGUCAUCAGCUGGUCUGGCCGGCUCGAGUGA